AACGGGCCGAAUAACUGGGCUGCUUAUUCCUUAUUGGUUUCUCCAACCCCCCCCUCCCGCUUCUGCUGCUAGGCUCUCUGUUGAGGGGAGAGGAAGAGGUUUAGAAUAAGAGCUGGAUGGUGGAGUUGCAGAGGCGGCGUUAGGGUGCAGAUAGGUAGAGAGGGACCCAUAGUGGAAAGGGCAUGUAGGGCUUGUGUGGGGAAUAAACUGGAAUGUAGACGGGAGGGCUAAAGACUUGUAUAAAGGUGCUGAGUGUGUAAAGUCAAAGGAGGAUUGAUGAGGCUCAGCAGCAUAAGGGAGAAUAGCUUUGUAAAAGGGUUUAGUUAAGGGCCGUAGCCGAGGGGGGCAGGGAGGGGCAGCUACCUCCCCCAAAUCAAUAAAAAUACAUGGCUGAGGUUCUGCCCCCCAACAAAAGGCCUGCCCCCGCCUAACAAAAAUUCUGGCUACGCCCAUUGUAGUUAACGGGGGAAUUUGUGGGGGGUAGAAAAGGGAUUUUGACUGAAACUGCCAGACAAGGGUGUAUAUAGGGACUGGUAUAAGAGGAAUGUAGUGUGCUGUCAGGCAGGAUUCUGGAAGAGUGCCUCUAGUGGCAUAUUUUACUAACCAGCUUUCCCUUCCUACAGCGAUACUACUUUUUGUCUAUCUCCUGCUUAAAAUGGAGCAUCCAUCUUGGGCCUCCAGUGACUGGAUGAACUUGUGGUACUGGGUGACCCUGAUGAUGUACCCAAGAUGAAUAUCUGCCUUGCAAGUUGAAUAUAGGUGCUUCAGUGGCAGCCAAGGCUGGUAUGGGAACACCUGAGCUCUGCUCUUGCAGGCGGGAAGAUGCAACUGGUUCCAUGCCCUAACGGCUCACAGAUGGCACUGCUGGAGGGUCAGUCUGUAAACCAGAAACAAGAUGCCUGCACCAAUUCAUUUACAGAUAUGAUGCAUUACAAGAGAACCAUCCUAUGUGUAGAAAACAUCUGAGCCUGUGAUAACCAGUUGCCGGGUUUGUUUCUGGCCGGGGUCCUGUGUGUUUAGCCGCUGGGUGUCUGGCAAAAAUUCAGCAGGUAAACCCUUUUGCUCGCACAGAGAUGUGCCGAAGAGGAGCUUCUCCUGAUGGAGUUCUGCCUGUCCCGCAAGCAUUGGUCUGCUGGUGAUAGUUUUGAUCUCACAGAUGCCUUGGCUGACCCAGAAACCCCCCAGAGCAACCAGCAAUUAGGACAGUGUCAGAAUGAGGCCCGGGACAUUGUCUUCCUGAUGGAUGGUUCAUCCAGCAUGCGGGCAUCAGAAUUCAUGCAACUGAAGGUGUUCAUUGCACUCGUAAUGAAAAGCAUUCCCCAUAAUGCGCAGUUUGCCCUCCUGCAGUUCUCUAACCGCUUUGAAGAGCAUUUUGACUUCAGACGCUUCAGCAGAGACCGGGAUGCCGACCUCUUGAUUGGUGGAAUCAAACAGCUGGGCGGCGGCUCCCAUACGGCCUCCGGGAUCAGAAAAGUGGUGAAAGAGCUAUUCACCACACAAAAAGGAGCUCGCCCCACAGCCAAGAAGUUCCUUGUGAUAGUGACAGACGGGGAGAAAACGGGGGACCCUCUGGAGUAUGCAGACAUUGUUGAAGAGGCCAACAGAGCUGGAAUCACACGCAUUGCGGUUGGGGUUGGCCUGGGAUUCACAAGUACAACUGCCCAGCGCGAGCUCCAUACCAUGGCCUCCCACCCGCCCACAGAGCAUGUCAUUGUCGUGAGACACUUCUCAGGCCUCCGGGACUCCCAGGCGGAGCUGAAAGAGAAGAUUUGCACCAGCCACGGUGCAGCUGCUCCACGGCCUACGGUGGUGCCCCAGCCCUUGAACACCUGCUCAGAUCCCCAGGUGCUGCAGAAACUGGAGCGAGUGCUGAGUGGCCUCGAUCAGGUGAACACCAAACUGAAUGCGCUGGCUGCCAAGCAGGGGAAAUGUGGCUAGGGUUCUCAACGCCUGAGAUGGGCAGUGGAUGGAGGCAAUGUGGUUCGGGAAGGAAGGGGAGAGAAGGACAAAGAAGAUCAAAGGGGGAGAACAUCAGAUCCUGGCACAUGGAGGUCCUUCCUCAGGCGCAUAGCUUUUUAAUCUGGUUUCUUAAAGGGUGCAGAAGUCAAUAAAGCUUGCCUGCUCACCA